UGUAGAAAGAAUCGACUGCAACUAACAAAUUAAGAAGGAGACGCCAUAACUCAUCUCAUAAAUUUCAAAAGCAAACUCAACAACAAUUUCACUUUCUUUAUUAUUGAUUAUAACUAGAAUUUGAUCUACACUUUUUUUGUUUGAUCGAUAAUAAUAGAUUAAUAUUCAUUAUUUGAAAUUGGAUUUGACAUUCGGGAACUUCAGUUUUGAUUCUUAACGGUUUCUUCCUAAACAAUGCAAAAUUCGCUGCCAUAAUAAGGAACUUUGCAAUUUUGGCAUGUUUUUUGGAUUUAUUUUUCUGAUUCAUGUUCUAUUUUUGGAAUUUUUGUUUAGAGUUUGUUUGGAUUAUGUUUUACUUGCUAAAUUUAGGUGAAAUGAUACUACUCCAAAAUACAACUAGGUUUUUUAAGAGUACUUUUACAUCCAUUCAAUUUUUUCCUCAUUCUGACAAUCAAUCUUCAAUAUUUUAUCUCUGAAUUUCUCAUUAUACAAAGUUGGUUAAGAAUCUUAUUUGAAAAUUUAAAUCCCCAAUUUUUGUCGUCAUGUUCGUAAAUUUGUUGUACAAAUUCUAAUUUUAUUUAAGUUUGCAUGUGAGGGAGAAUUUGACUGUUUGUUAUUACCUUGUCUUGAGGAAUAUCUCAAAAAACUCCAAGUUUUUCAUUAGAAUACAAAAUGCACUGCAUUUUGGAGUCAAAGUUAUAGAAGCUUGCUCAAUUUCUAUUUGUUGAUUUGUUCCCUUCUCUGAAUAUAAAAUUGCAUGAAUGUUAGCACAUUUUUGUUAUAUUUGUUUGUAUAUGGUGUGAUAAACUUGGAUGAUCUUGCUUUGCUGCAGAUAAUGAUUGGUGGUUGAAAACUUGAAAGUUGCGGUGGCGCGUCUGUUCCAUAGCUCUGUAACAACAGAACUGUACAAGCUUUAUGAAACAACUUGAAAUGUGACCCAAAAAGAUUUGAAUGUUGAAAUUGGAAUUAAAGGUUUAGAGAAAAAGGGGUUGAGAAGGAAGUGAGAAAAUGGAUUCCAAUUCAGGGGAGGAGGCAAUGCAAGGCUCAACAGGCAGUGAGGAGAGAAUUGUUGUUUCUGUUCGUGUGAGACCAUUGAAUGAUAAGGAGCUAGCAAAAAAUGAUCUGUCUGAAUGGGAAUGUAUUGAUGAUACUACCAUCAUGUACAGGAGCAACCUUUCAGCUUCCGAAAGGUCUCUAUAUCCAACAACCUAUACAUUUGACCGAGUAUUUAGGGCUGAUUGCCCCACAAGGCAGGUGUAUGAAGCAGCGGCUAAGGAGGUAGCUCUUUGUGUUCUCGAUGGCAUCAAUUCUAGCAUUUUCGCAUACGGACAAACAAGCAGUGGAAAGACAUACACCAUGAGCGGUAUAACUGGGUACGCCGUAGCUGACAUUUUUAAUUAUAUAGAAAAGCACAAAGAAAGGGAAUUUGUCUUAAAGUUUUCAGCAAUGGAGAUCUAUAAUGAAUCUGUUAGGGACCUUCUUAGUACCGACAGUACACCUCUCAGACUUCUUGAUGAUCCAGAGAAAGGCACAGUUGUUGAGAAACUAACGGAGGAAACUAUGCGUGACUGGAACCAUUUUAUAGAACUUAUUUCUUUCUGUGAAACCCAAAGGCAGAUAGGGGAGACAUCCUUGAAUGAAGCAAGCUCGAGAUCCCAUCAAAUUCUAAGACUGACAAUUGAAAGUUCUGCACGUGAAUUUUUUGGAAAUGACAAAUUGAGCUCUCUUGCCGCGUCUGUGAAUUUUAUUGAUCUUGCUGGAAGUGAGCGGGCAUCACAAACUAAUUCAGCUGGUGCAAGAUUGAAAGAGGGAUGCCACAUAAACCGUAGUUUACUGACUCUAGGAACUGUCAUCCGCAAACUCAGCAAGGGUAGAAAUGGACACAUCCCUUUCAGAGAUUCAAAGCUAACUCGCAUACUGCAGUCCUCAAUAGGAGGCAAUGCUAGAACAGCAAUCAUCUGUACCAUGAGUCCUGCACGGAGCUAUGUUGAACAAACUAGAAACACCCUCUUAUUUGCAUGUUGUGCUAAAGAAGUGGCAACUAAUGCAAAAGUCAAUGUAGUGAUGUCUGAUAAAUUGUUAGUCAAGCAAUUGCAAAGAGAGUUGGCUAGGCUGGAAGGUGAGUUGAGAAAUUCAGGGUCAACCCUCCGUAAAUCUGAUUCUGCAGCAUUGCUGAGGGAAAAAGACCUCCAAAUUGAGAUGUUAAAGAAAGAGAUAAUGGAUCUGGCUUUCCAGCGAGACCUUGCCCACUCUCAAAUUAAGGACAUGCUUCAAGUGGGUGGAGACGAUAUGUUUUCAAGUGAUUUCGAAAGUUUGGAUCCUCAAUAUCCAAAAUUACGUGUGCGAAGUUCAAUGGACUUUGAAAAUCAAACAACAGAACCAAACUUAUUAGCUUUUGACGGCUUGGAGAGUGUUAGAUCUUUUGAUGCUUCUCAAUAUUCAGAUGGACUUAGUGUUAGUUCCGAAGAGAAUUAUUUCCAGCUCCCUGAUUUGGAAAAGAGUCUUCCCAUAAGGAAAUCUUUCCAAGGGCUGUCAGUUGUAAGUUAUAAUGAUGUAACGAGUGAUUCAGAUAAGAAUAUAGUUCAAGAACAGCUAGAUGAUAAGGUAUGCGAAAGUUGUAAGGAAGUUAGGUGCAUUGAGCCAGAAGAUCCAAUUACAAACACACAUACACACUCAAAUUCAAUAGAUAUGAGUCCAAAUAAAGACAUGAACUCUAAUGCAUCAUCUCCGGGGGCAAAUACAAUUGUCUCAGGAUUGACAAAAGUUGAUAACAUAGACAAAGAAAAUAAAGACUUGUCUUCUUUUGAAUUAAAGGAAAACAAAGAAUUGAAUCGCUUGGACCAAGGUUUCUUUCUUCUCUCUUCAGAGAAAAUAAGUCCAUUGCUGGUAGAAAAAAAUGCAUCUAGAUCUAGAACCUUGAAAUUGACUAGAAGCAGAAGUUGUAAACCAAGUCUCAUGAAGGACUCAUCUUCAGAUUGGUUUGACCACGACGAAAUAAUUCAGAACACCCUCCCAAUAGGGUCCCAAAAAGACUACAUCGGCAGACUUGAAGACUUUCAAAAGAAGACCUAUAUACUAAAAUAUAAUCCCAAUGCUGAGAGGUUAUCCUGGGCUGGUUAUGGGAUUUGCGAGAGAUGUUCUACCGCUGACAUACAAAACGUUAAAUCAUCAUUUGAGUUGGAAAUUGGUGAUGAUAGUGAUUUAUCUCCAGUAAGAAAGGAAAAGAAAGAACUUGGACGUUCAAAUCUACUGGAAAACAACGAGGUUCCAGACACAGGAGUUAAGUCAACUGUUUCUGCAAAAAAAUUCAAAAAUGUUGGGUUCAACACAUUGCAAUCUGGUGAAGAAAAACAUUUGGACUGGUCUUCAGAAUUUAAGCAGUUGCAGAAAGAGAUUAUUGAACUCUGGCAUUCUUGUAAUGUUUCAUUGGUCCACAGGACUUACUUUUUCCUUCUAUUCAAAGGGGACCCGUCAGAUUCUAUUUAUAUGGAGGUAGAGCUGAGAAGGCUGUCCUAUCUCAAAGAGAAUCAAAUUUUGGAAGAUGGACGAACCCUUACCCCUGAAUCAAGCAAGAGAUACCUUAGAAGAGAGAGACAAAUGUUGAGCAAGCAAAUGCAGAGGAAGUUGUCAAAAUCUGAUAGAGAGAACAUGUAUUUGAAGUGGGGUAUUCGUAUGAGUUCAAAACAUAGGAGGUUGCAAUUGGCACAUCACCUAUGGUCUGAAACAGAAGAUAUAAACCACAUUAGAGAGAGUGCCACAAUUGUUGCAAAGCUUGUUGGUUCAGUAGAGCCAGAUCAGGCUUUCAAGGAGAUGUUUGGCCUCAACUUUGCACCAAGACGCAGAAGAAAGAAAUCUUUUGGUUGGACAUCCAGUAUGAAGCAUAUUUUGUAAGAGUGAUUGUUGGUACAGAAAUAUCUUGUAUAGGAAGUUUGAUUGGGCCAUGUAAAAAUUUCCCCUGGCUCCAUUUAACAUAGGAAAAAUAUUGUAUCCCCCUUCUAUGAACCACGUGAUCUAUAUUGUAUGUAUUUGCCUUCAAUUGCUAUUUGAUUGUAAAGAGGUUGAAGGAUGUGGAAUAUCAAGGUUUUAGAAUUGCUAAUUAUCAAAUAAUGUUUA